AGAAUCUAUACAUACAAAUUUCUUGUAUAUAUACGUAUAAAUAUAUGAUAUGAUAUCUAUUAUAUAUAUACACGAUAUACCCAUCUAUAUAUAGAGACACGCAUAUCUGUUCUUUUUAGAGAGAGAAGGAGAAGGGAAUGAGAACAAGGCGUGGGAUUUCUUAUAAGAAGCCGAAUAACAUGUGUUGUGAUAAGAGAAGAAGAGAUGACAAUAUUAUGGGUGAGAAGAUGAUACGUAGCCGGAAAAGGUUGAAGUCGUCGUCGGCGACACCGGUCGCGACUGUUUCCGGCCAAUGUGAUUUCCUUGAUACGCUUCCAGACGACAUCGUUUUGUUUAUUCUUGCAAAGUUUGGUGCCACCGCCGCUUGUCCCGCCGAUUUUGUGAGCGUUUUAUCAACAUGCAAAAGGUUGAAGGCGUUAGGUGUUCACUCUAUUGUGUUAUCAAAAGCAUCUCCGAAGGCGUUCGCUUUUAAAUCUGAAAACUGGUCGGAAUCUGCUCACAGGUUUCUUAAACAGUGCUCAGAUGCCGGAAAUAUUGAAGCUUGUUACACACUUGGCAUGAUUCGGUUUUAUUGUCUGCAAAAUCGAGGAAGCGGAGCGUCUCUAAUGGCUAAGGCGGCGAUUAAUUCUCACGCUCCGGCGUUAUACUCGCUUGCUGUGAUUCAGUUCAACGGUAGCGGCGGUUUAAAAACUGACAAGAACUUACGCGCCGGUGUAGCUCUUUGUGCUCGUGCGGCGUUUCUAGGCCACAUCGACGCACUCCGGGAACUCGGACAUUGUCUCCAAGACGGUUACGGCGUUCGUCAGAACAUUGCCGAAGGCCGGCGGUUUUUGGUUCAAGCCAACGCCCGUGAACUUGCCGCCGGACUAUCAACAACACCAUCCGCGUUGAUGUCCGGUAACUGGCUGACAUGUAACCCCCUACCUCACCUCCGCCAUGGAAACAUGGUGGGUCCUCGGUGUCCUUUACUUAGCGAUUUCGGAUGUAACGUAACUGCACGGGAACCUCAUCCGUCCAACCGGUUUCUUACCGAUUGGUUUUCCGAUAAGGUACUUUCUUCGGGACUUCGUUUAUGCUCUCACGCUGGUUGUGGUCGGCCGGAGACCAGAAAACAUGAGUUCCGGCGAUGUUCAGUUUGCGGAGCUGUUAACUACUGCUCUCGAGCAUGUCAAACACUCGACUGGAAGAUGCGUCACAAGAUGGAGUGUACACUAGCUAACACGUGGGUCGAUGACGGCGACGGUGAAGACAACGGCAAUGUUAACGACGAUGGAAUGGUUGUUUAGAGUUGAACCGUUCGCCGGAGAUACUGAACUUACCGGUGAAUGUAACGGCAUUUGAAGCAAAGUUUUGUCGGGGAUAGUUUUGGAUAUGCUUUCUUUUGACGUUCGCCGGAAUCUCGACGUUAGUAAUAGAAGUUAUUUUUAUUUUUUAAUUUCUGUAAAAUAUAUUUUAAUAGUAUAUAAUUAGAAAAUAAUAAAUGAAAAUGAUUAUUUAA